GGGAGAGGAUGGAUGAAGGAGGGUGAGGGUCUGGGUGCCUUGAGUCGCCACUUGCCACAACCCUCCAGACAGGCCCAGGAUCAUCAGCUCCUCGUCCCCCUCCUCCUCCUCCUCUUUGCCUGAAUUACGUCGGAAUGGCAGGCGAAGGAACAAACCCAUUUGCUCAUCUCCUCUCUGAGCUCCAGAUUGGAGGGGAAACCUUCAAGUAUUAUAACCUCCUGAACCUUAAGGAUAAGCGCUAUGACCGCCUGCCCUUCAGCAUCAGGGUCUUAUUGGAGGCAGCUGUGAGAAACUGUGAUAAUUUUCAGGUGAAGGAGGAAGAUGUGCACAACAUCCUGGACUGGGAGCAGAAGCAGAAUGUCGCUGAGGGGGUGGAAGUGCCUUUCCGUCCAGCCCGCGUCAUCCUCCAGGACUUCACGGGGGUACCAGCUGUGGUGGACUUUGCAGCGAUGAGGGACGCUGUGAAGGACCUUGGAGGAGACCCCAAGAAGAUCAACCCCAUCUGCCCCGCUGACCUUGUGAUUGAUCACUCAGUGCAAGUGGAGUUCUCCAGGACACGUGGAGGGGACGACCCUGGUGGUGGGGGCUCUUUGGCCAGUCAGUCCUGUGGUCGUUGUGUGAGCUAUGGCCAGCCAGGCUGCUUGUCAGCCCCCAUGGCAGGCCGCCGCCCCAGUCGGUCAUUUGUCCGGGGGCGUCGACCGCCCAGGCAUGGCUCCCAGGGGUCAAGAUCACGUCCCAGUUCCCCUUUGUUACAAUCACAGCCUUCCAGCCCCGCGGUCUAUUCACCCAUACCAAGUGGCUUUUCACAGCCAGUAUUCAUGUGCCCGCCCCAGCCGUCAGGGACAGUCAUGGUUGGGGUGCAGCAACCUUGGCAUUAUCAGUCUGCUCCUCCCACCAGCACCCACCAACUCUCCAGUAUGUUAUCGCACAUAUCACUUGGAGAAUCAGCAUCAAGCUACCAGCAGCAAACAGUUACUUAUGGCCCAGUGGUCCACGGUUACCAGCCACCAGUGUACCCCUCCCAAGUGUCAGGGACACAGUACCCAGCCAAUUAUUACCUCGGUCCUCCAUACAUACACCGGACUGGUCUGGUUGACAGCAGAGAUGCUACACCAGACCCUAGUCAGCACUUGGACUCUGCGACUACCUGUAGUGUAGAUGUUGAAGACAUAAGCCUUAGACCGUGUGGAGUGCCUAGUGCAAGACUAAGACCCUUGAGAACACAAAUGUCCAGUGAGUCUACCAGCAAUAUUUCAGAAACCUCUAAUACCAAGAGUGACGCAUCUCAGACUCCAUCGCUAAAACUGUCUGUAUCGUCACUGCCUUCGCCUCUUGAUGUGCCAGGGAUCCCCAUUCAGGAUGAAGUGUGUCCUUUCCAUGAGCGCCAGUCUGAAUGGUCCAGUGCCCUACAGAAGAACCAAGAACUAGAGUUUGAACGCAAUUUUGAGCGCUUUGUCUUCCUCAAGUGGGGAGCGCAAGCCCUCAAGAACAUGCUGAUUGUUCCUCCCGGCUCAGGCAUCGUGCACCAGGUGAACUUGGAGUACUUGGCGAGAGUCGUGUUUAAUAGCGACAAGCUGCUGUUCCCGGACUCCCUGGUGGGCACCGACUCCCACACCACCAUGAUCAACGGCCUGGGUGUUGUGGGCUGGGGAGUGGGAGGCAUUGAGGCGGAGGCUGUGAUGCUGGGCCAGGCUGUGUCCAUGGUGCUGCCCAAGGUGGUGGGCUACUGCAUCACCGGCACACUCUCUCCACUCUCCACCUCCACGGAUGUUGUCCUCACCAUCACCAAGCACCUCCGUCAAGUUGGUGUGGUAGGAAAGUUUGUAGAGUUCUUUGGGCCUGGCGUAGAGCAGCUUUCCUUAGCUGACCGUGCCACCAUCUCCAACAUGUGCCCAGAGUAUGGGGCCACUGUGGGCUUCUUCCCAGUGGACGACACAACCAUCAAGUACCUUCGACAAAGCAACCGGGAUGAAAAGAGGAUAGCAGAAAUAGAGGGAUACUUGAAAGCUGUCAACAUGUACCGUAACUUCAUGGAUGCCUCUCAAGAUCCAGCGUAUAGCGAGGUGGUGACGUUGGACCUCGGUGAUGUAGUGCCGUCGUUGUCAGGUCCUAAACGCCCCCAUGACAGGGUGCCGGUCUCUGGGAUGAAGGAAGACUUCCUCAAAUGUUUGGCCAAUCAGAUCGGGUUCAAGGGUUACGCCAUCCCAGCAGACCAGCAUGACAAGACGGUGCCUUUCAUCUACGAGGGUCAGGAGUACACUCUGCGGCAUGGCUCGGUGGUCAUUGCGGCCAUCACCUCCUGCACCAACACCAGCAACCCCACUGUCAUGCUUGGAGCAGGUCUGCUGGCCAAGAAUGCUGUGGAGGCUGGCCUGAGAGUGGCACCGUACAUCAAGACCUCCCUCUCGCCGGGCUCGGGGGUGGUCACUCACUACCUCCAGCAUUCCGGCGUCACUCCCUUCCUCACCAAACUGGGCUUCGACAUCGUGGGCUAUGGCUGCAUGACCUGUAUCGGCAACUCUGGACCAAUCCCUGAACCUAUUGUGGAAGCCAUUGAGAAGAAUGACUUGGUGUGUUGUGGGGUCCUCUCAGGGAACCGUAACUUUGAGGGCAGGAUCCACCCCAACACCCGCGCCAACUACCUCGCCUCGCCGCUCCUUGUCAUUGCCUACGCCCUGGCUGGGAGGGUGGACAUCGACUUUGAGAAGGAGCCCAUUGGUCAUGGUAACAGCGGAGAGCCAGUGUUCCUGAGAGACAUCUGGCCCAAGCGCGGCGACAUCCAGCUGGUGGAGCAGGAACAUGUGGUGCCCACCAUGUUCAAGGAGGUGUACGCCCGCAUCACCACCGGCAACGAGCGCUGGAACAAGCUGGAGGCCCCCGAGGGUAUGCUCUACCCCUGGGACACACGCUCCACCUACAUCAAGAAGCCGCCAUUCUUCGACGGCAUGACCAAGGACCUGCCCGCUGUGAGGAGCAUUGAGAACGCCUAUGCUCUGCUUCAUCUUGGGGACUCGGUGACCACAGACCACAUCUCCCCGGCUGGCUCCAUCGCACGCAACUCCCCUGCUGCGCGCUUCCUGGCCUCCAAAGGCUUGACUGCCCGAGAAUUCAACUCCUAUGGUUCUCGGAGAGGUAAUGAUGCUGUGAUGGCUCGGGGAACCUUUGCCAACAUCAGGCUGGUGAACAAGCUUGCCAAGAAGGCUGGACCGCGCACCCUCCACAUCCCGUCCCAAGAGGAGGUCGAUGUGUUUGAUGCAGCUGAGCGUUAUCAUGACGAGAAGCGGCCAGUGAUCAUCCUUGCCGGGAAGGAGUAUGGCUCAGGCUCCUCCAGGGACUGGGCAGCCAAGGGACCUUUCCUCCUGGGUGUACGGGCUGUGAUUGCUGAGUCCUAUGAGCGCAUCCACCGCAGCAACCUUGUGGGCAUGGGCAUCAUUCCCCUGCAGUACAUGGAGGGAGAAAAUGCAGACUCCUUGGGCAUCACUGGAAAAGAAGCUUUCACCAUCAGCCUUCCAGAGGAAGUUAAGACUGGCAUGACCAUUCCUGUGCAGAUGGGUGAUCGUUCCUUCAACACAAUCCUACGCUUUGAUACUGACGUGGAGCUGACCUACUAUAGGCACGGAGGAAUCCUCAACUACAUGAUCCGGAAGAUGAUCUAGCCAGCCAACAUUCCAGAAGGAACAGGGUGAAGACUCCUUUCUUUUAGGCAACUUGAACAGUGUUUCAAUAGUCAAAAUAUGAUGUACAUAUAUAUAUAUUUAAAGAGAAAAUAUUAUAUGAUUUCAAUCUGUGUCCUUGUCAUUCAUAUCCAAAUAAAAUAAACAAAUUGAUAUACUGUUAAACUAUUAGCUUGUGAUAAUGAUUUUUGUUAUGACAAUUAAAUGCUGAAUAUUAUGAGUGCUUACCACUGAGAGAUUAUGUGGGAGGGGGUGCUGAGAGAAGAAUUAAUUGCUGCGUUCCUGUGUUGGUGUGUGUUGUCUUUUGGCUGCUUAGUGUUAAGUGUUGAAGGGUAGCUGUGUAGGGCUGUUUGAGGGCGAGUGUUGAGGUGCUGAAAGAGGUUACUAACACCCCCAGCUGCUUGAUGGCACCUGCAUUACAGUUCAUUCGUGAAAGGGUCAGGGCUGUAUCUAGAAGUUGAUUCGUGGGCUUGUUCAACAUUCUGCGGAUAGUGUUCAGCAAUCGAGGAUCAUAGAUCAUGCUAAGAUCCAUGUAAGAUUAAGUAAUGUGUUCUGUAGGUUCAUCCCCAUAGACCCCUCUUAAAUACAGCCCUGGAGAGGGAGGUAAUAGAACAAACUAGCUCAGAGAGAGAUGAUCAAUAGGAGUUGACUAUUGUAAGCCGUGUUAUUCAUCCAGUUCUCGCACAAUGCCUCUUACCUUAUCUGGGAAUCACACAUGGUUACUUGCUUUUUUGCCUUUUAUUCCUCAAACUCUUUUUCUACUGUGGCACAUUCCCUUCAGAUAAUGAUUUCUACUUCUCAGCAAGCAGUAAGAUUUCCUUUCCAUGAAUGCUGAGUUCACUAAGUUGUCAAGCAGUUAAAUACAACCUGGUGACUUAAUUACACGACUUUAGGUUUGAAGUAUUUGUGCUCAAACUCAGUUGCUUUAAUCUUCUUACAUCACCAGGCACACAAGAACAUUGCAGUCAAGUUUGCCAGAAGGUUGGCAUGGACCAAGACUUGUGUGAUAUAAAAAAAACACGAAUCACUUCUUCCAGGAUGGAGUCAGGGGCUUAUGUGCAGCCAAAUACUUUCAGGGUCUUUUUUAACGUGUGUAGGUACCAAAUAAGACAUGCCUUAGUUGUAGCAGAGGAGAAGUGUAACUGAAUGUCUGCCUUAUGCCAGUGUGAUUUCUUGUUUUUUCAGUAUAUCAUGUAACAGCUAUUGGCUCAGAAAUUUUAUUAUUUGUUCAUACAAUGAAAAAUUUUGCAUUGUUUAUAUUUUAGGUUUACUUUUUAAUCAAUGAAGCCAAUAUUUCAAUAAAAUGAGAUAAUUUUACUACUUUGUAGCUUUCAGCCUUGAAAUAACUAACUUUGGGCAGGGAACACAAACUCCUCAGAUUUUAGAUCUAUAAGAUGUUGCACCUAUAGGUAUACUGAGAAGAGUCAGUCUGCUAGUUUUCUACAGUGAUUUUUCCUAAGAAGCCAAUUAUCACUGCCAUAUCCUUGUCUUUGUAGGUCAUAAGUACAGCGCUACAAAAUGUUGUGCUUAUUUAGUAAAAAAACUACAUAAGCACAGCAUUGAAUUUAUAUUACAGUAAUCUGUUGCCAACCAAUAUAGUUGACAUUAUAAACCUGUUAUUAGUAUAGGACAAACAUGAUCCCAUACCACUGCUGAAAACUUAGGACAGAGUAGGUCGCUGUGAAGCUGUGAUUUGUACAUCUGAGCAGCACACACUCAUACAACAGCGCCAUGUGUUGCUGAUUGUGAAACGUUGCUGCCUAAACACAGACAUAACAUGGGUCAUCUUUGAUACAGUACUAGGAAGAGAUUUAGAAUGCACAAUCAGGAGGCAUAAAGGUGCAAUGAGUACGUAUCAUAUUUUUUUCCAGUUAGUGUUAUCAUAUUUUAUUAUUUAAUUUUUCUAGCUUUUACUAUUUUAAAGUUAACCUUGAAAGGUUUGCCAAGUCUGCCCAUUCCAGUGUUCUAUUUUCUAUAUUUUGAAAAUUUGGCUGUUUUCUUGUGUGUGUGUGUGAGUGCAGCACUGUUUUGAGUGUGCUGGUCACAACAAACUGAAUUUUAUGGGUAGCUAAUUGUUUUAUGUCAAAAAUUUCAAACACUUUGUUAACUACAUUUUGUUGAAUUAGAUUAAAAAUGCAAUGUUAUUAUAUAA